CGACACUAGGAGCUGUGUUUGGUGUAACUACCUGCCUCAGUGCCCAAAUCCGAGAGAAACCAGGUGAUCCCCUCGACUAUUUCAUAGGAGGCUGUGCAACAGGAGCUGUCUUAGGUGCAAGAGCUCACAGUUACAUGACCGGUACCACUGCGUGUCUGGGGUUUGGAAUCACUGCUGCUCUCAUGAAGAUCGGUAACAAGGAGGGCUGGAGGCUGACGGGACCUCCCAAGCUGUGA